AUGAGUUCGUUUGUUCCCAUGCUGAACCGCCCUCAACCACUCCACAACCCCUCCCUCUCCGCCUUCCUUUCCUCGUCAGAGGCGCAAGGGGCAGAUGCUGCUAGACCUGGCCAAGUGUCAGAUGGAGACCAACGAGUUCGACGCUGCCUUCCAAACGCUGCAGACGUGAGUUCCUCUCUCCCUUGGUCGCCCUUCCCACCCUUCUUUUCCCUCUCGUACUUCUCCUCCCUUCCCCCUCGUGCCCUCCCUCCCUCUUCCCACCCUCCUGCUCCUCCCUCUGCGUCUUCCCUGCCUCCGCGCUAUAGCCAUAAAAAUGCAUCAGCAAAGGGAGAGUCAUCAGCCUCUCACUUCGUUGGAAGGCCAGCAAAGGCCUUCAUGAGGCCUUCCGUUGUGAAUCUCCCUCCCUACCACUCCGACCAACUCCUCUCCUCUGCUCUUCUGCGCGCUCAUCCAGCACUCCCACUGGCUCUCCCUUUCUUUCUUUCCUACCGCCCCUCCUCUCUGUGCAGGGUGGUCAACCUCCCCCCCUACCGCUCUGACCCCUCCCCACUCCUCUUCUGCACCCUCAUCCAGCACUCCCACUGCCUCUCUGCCGCCCAAAAGGACCUCUCCCCUUUGUUUUUUCCCUACAACCUCCUCUGUUCGCGCAGGGUGGUGAAUCUCCCCCCUUAUCGCUCCGACCCCUCUCCUCUGCUCCUCUGCGCCCUCAUCCAGCACUCCCACUGGCUCUCCCUUUCUUGCUUCCCUACCACUCCCUCUCUCUCCCGAGAAGCUGCAUCAUUCCUCUUGCGCACACUGCAAGCCGACCCUCUCUGCAUCCCGGCCCUGGUGCCUCUUGUGCAGAUUCUCGUGGCCCAGGGCCCCAGAGGAGUGAGAGUCGCUCUAGACAUUCUGCACCGCUCGUGCCUGCCUGCUGUUGCACGCUCCAUCCAUCCAUUCAGGACUCUCGAACUUCCACAUGUGCAUUCCCCUUCCACGCUCUUUCACUCCCAUGUGCUUCUCCCCUUUCCGUGCCGUCCGUCUCCCUUCCCCUCCUGCUCUCCGGAUCCGCGCCUUGCUGCUGCAGUGGGUGCAGCAUCAGGACGCUCGAACUUCCACAUGUGCAUUCCACCCACUCCCUUCCCUUCCCCUGCGCAUGAUCCGCGCCUUGCUGCUACAGUCCUUCGGCUGAUGCCCUCCUGUGCCCAUGCCAUGCGAGGCGUGCUGUCUCUGGGGCUAGCAGGUGAGAAGCAGAAGUGGGUGGGGGGGAAAGAGAGGAAGGAAGUGGGAGUGGGUGGGAGUGAGGGAUGCUUUGUAGCAGUUGUUUUCAUCCUGUUCCCAUGCCAUGCGAGGCGUGCUGCCUCUGGGUCUAGCAGGCACAUGUGGCCCCUCUCUCCUCAUGAGCACGCUAGCAGUGCAUCUGGACGCGCUCGGUUUCCUGGUGGUGGCUGA